GACGGUGGCGUCCCCAACCCCAGUGUUAAUAUUAACGUGGCGUCGUCCAUCUACCGACAUUAUCCCAACCAAAGUUCCUCCUCAUUAUGUACAUUAUCGACUGAGUCAGUCUGCCGCUGGAGCACGUGUUAUUGGUUCAUAACCUCUGCGAAAACGUCAGUGAUUUCCACAAGUGAAUAAAGUGCGUAGAAAUAUUUAUAAACAAUGGGGAAAACGGGCCCUCGUCUGACGAGUAGAAAAAAAGCGAAGAGAUGGCAGAAGGGCCAGAGCUCCAGCUCCAACCCUGAAACGAAGAAACAUCGGGAGCAAGCACGAUCACGAUUUUUUCAGGAGAAUCUAGGCUCAACGGGUCUGACCACCGAAAGCCUCCAGAAGCACGACGCCCUCCAGGGCCUCGAGAAUCUGGACAUCUCCGAUGACGCCUCCACCGCCACGACCUUCAAAACAUUCGACACUUUCGCGAGUGACUACUCCAAUUGUUCCAACCUCUCCUUCUCCCGUUUCCUUACCCACUUCCAGUCGUCCUCCGCCCUUCACAAAGAAAUGCUGGCAAUCCUAGCGGCUGUCACGGAUGUAAUCAAACAGAAUGGAGGUACAGAGUCCUCGACGGAGUACUACGCAGCCUUGAUGACAACCCUGGAGCAGGCGGACACCGAGGAGUCCGUAGCAGCGAUCCUCUCUCUCCUUGGGAUGGGUCUGAAAACCGUUCCCAAGAACGUUCUCAAGCUCCAGUUCAGCAAAGCCAGUCAUAUCUUCUUCCAGGUUCUCACGAAAUUCGCAGGCAGUGAAAACUUCUUGAUCCUCCGCCAUUGCAUCGGUUGCCUGUCGCAUCUUCUGCGUGCCCAGGAGCCAGCGGUCUGGUCCAAUUCAUCAACCCUCCAGGUCCUCGACGGGAUUCUCGCUUUCACCGUUCACACAAAGCCAAAAGUGAGAAAGGCCUCCCAGCACGCCAUCUGCGCCAUACUCAAGGGAAGCGACCUCAUGAGGACCGAUGAUCCUCCAGCUUACCAUCCAGGAGCUCCCCAAGUCGCCAAACAUUGUCUCCACCAGUUCGAGACUGCUGGACAGCCCGGCACCAUCACCACAACCCUCCACAUCCUGACUCUGUUAAAGGACAUUGUCCAUCAGCUGCCCAAGAGUUACGUAAAAUCCGUCUGCGAGGGAUUGCUCAGGAUAAUGACCCUGAAUAAUCCAUUGGUGACUUCCUGCUGUCUACAAACACUCCACAGUCUCUUCGUCUCGAAGCCCCCAGAGAGUGUUCUACCUCCCCAGCUGAACGCUCAGAUUAUCAACGCCCUUUACGAUUAUCAACCAGCCCCAGGGGAUACACAACCCACUCUAGCCUGGCUGGCGGUGAUGCAGGAAGCCCACUGCAACCUGGUGAACAACUCCCUCUCUCUUUGUGGCGCCAAUCUCCCGAGGAUCGUGGAGAAGAGUUCGGAGCUCUGGUUGUCUGAUAAACCAGAAGUCGUCAGUGCUGCCUCACACACGAUCAAGAGUCUCAUUCAGGUUUGCCUUGGGCCAAUGUGUCAGGAUAACGCUGUUGCUGAAGCUUACAAAGUGCCCUUGGGGAAGAUCAUUCAAUUGGUGCAGGGAGGGCUGAAGUACCAGUUCAACUCAGCCUGGCACCAUGUCCUCCAUCUGUUAGCUGUACUCUUUCAAACAGCUGGAGGCACUUGUCAAAAAGAAUUGUCUCCAGUGCUGGUGGAGCUCGCAGAAUUGAGGGACUCGUAUAAAUUUACCUACAAUUCUGAGGUGGAGUACGCUGUUGGGGCGGCUGUAAAGGCCAUGGGGCCAGAGCUGGUGCUGGAGAAAAUUCCCCUGCAAAUCGGUGGAGAAGGGAUCGACCUGAGAAGAAGUUGGAUGCUUCCAGUACUCAAGGACUGUGUCAGUAAGUCGUCUCUGGGGUAUUUUGUCAGUCAUAUGCUGCCACUGGCUAUAAUGUGCGAGAGGAAAUCCAAGGAGCUGAAGGAACAGAAUGAUGGUGUCGGGUCUCACAGCCACGAGCUACUGACCUCCCAGAUUUGGGCUCUGCUUCCUGCUUUCUGCAAUGAUCCCAGGGACGUCAAGGAGAGCUUCAAGGAUCUUGCGAGGAUUUUGGGAAUGGCCAUCAGCGAGAAGAAGGAGUUGAGGCUGUCGGUGAUGGCGUCGUUGAGAAAGCUGAUUACUAGGGCUCAAGAGGGCCAGAAGAUGGAAGAUGUGGAGACACUUGCGAAGUACGCGAAGAAUUAUAUGCCUCUGCUCUUCAAUCUUUACACAAUAAAGCCCAGCGGUUCCGACGACGAAGGUCAACGUCGCGCGGCCUUCGACACAAUUAAAGUUUACCUGACGAUCACCCCAAAAGAUAUAACAGGCGAACUCUUCGACAAGGCAUUGGAGAAACUGGAGGCCGAGGGAACUGAUGAGUUUACGAAGCAGAGUGUCUUCGACCUGAUUCGCAUAGUGACGGAGUUCACCGAUAGAACACGCCUGCAAUCCCUCUACGACAAGAUCGUCCCACUUCUCCUGGAGAGCAAGCACCCCAAGGACCAGAAGAAAGCCUACAGAUUCCUGGAGGAGAUCUGUGGGAAUCAGUCUGAGAUUUGCAAGAACUACAUCUUGGAGAAUCGAAAGACAAUUCAGAAGCUGAUAAUCACAGCUACCGAGAAGGUCUGCACAACGAGCAAAGGCGCACGUUUGCGGUGCAUAUCACACCUGGUGGAGAGUCACCCUCAGCUGGAGAAGACCAAGUUCUUCAAAGCAAUUAUUCCAGAGGUGGUACUAUGCAUAAAAGACUUGAAUGAGCGAUGCAGAACGACUGCCUAUCAACUGCUCAACAUAAUCGGUGAUAAAUUUCUGGACGAUGCUGACAAGUUCAGAGAUUACGUUAGCCUUCUGGUGGCAGGAAUGGCGGGGAGUCCUAUAUAUAUCAGUGCGACUUUGCUGGCUUUGGCCUCGCUGACCUACAAGUACAAUGGAACUGUGGGAGUGACGACACUCAAGGAGAUUCUGGGGCACACGUGCGUCCUCAUGGCAGGUCCGACCAGGGAAAUAGUCCUGUCAGCCCUGAGUUACAUUAAAGUGUACUUGUCCACCCUUCCAACGACAAUCGUUGGCCCCAGUCUCGAGGUGAUUGUCCAGGGGCUCGUGGGAAUGACCGAAGACUGCAAGAGACACUUCAGGCAAAAGGUCAGGGACAUCCUGGUGAAACUGGUGAGGAAAUUCGGGAUUGAUUCCGUCAUGGGGUUGAUUCCAGCCGGGGACGAUACGAUGCACAAGCGUUUGAGAAAUAUCAAGAAGAUUGAGAUGAGGAAGCAGAAGGCUAGGGAGGAGAGGAAGGCCAAGGGCCAGGACGACGAUGAGGAUCAAGAGUUCAGUGUCAAAAGAAUGCCAAAGAGUGUCGAGGAGAUACUGGCGGAUAGCGAUGAGGAGUUCGAUGAUGAGGGUGUGGAGGAGGCCAAGGGGAAGAGAAGCAACCGGAAGACGUGGAUUAAAGAGGGUGAAGAUGAGAUCGUGGACUUUGCCGAUGCCUCAGCGGCGAGGAGCAUCACGGCGACGAAACCUGGGGCCGCCGGAAGUGUUGGUAAGGCGAAGGGGAAGGAUCAUGGGUUCAAAACCGCUGAGGAUGGACGGCUCAUCAUCAAGGACAGUGACGAUGAGAGCGACGAGGGCAGCAAGAAAAAAGGGAAGGGAAAGAAACUGCCGUUCUUGGGGAGCGACUCUGAGGAUGAUUAUCAGGAAGACGAUGAUGACAAGUCAGUUGUGUCCAUGAAGGAGGUGAGGAAGAAGAGGAAAUUGAGCGAGAGCGAUGCGGGUAGUGUUGCUACAUCGAGGUAUCGAGCUGGAGGAAUAGGAAUUCACAGGCCGGUUAAGGCUGCGAGGAUUGAGAAGGCACCUGGGGCGGAGUUCAGGUCGAAAAAGGCACCUGGGGAUGUCAAGAAGAAGGGGAAACACGAUCCUUAUGCUUAUUUACCGCUCACCAGGGCUUCCUUGAAUAGAAGGAAGAAGAUGAAGAGUACUGGGAAGUUCAAGAAUGUUAUCGGUGGCUCGAGGAAGGGGGCGCAAGUGGGUGACCAGGGGAAGAGGCGGAAGUAGAUACUCGUUGUAUAUUAUAUAGAAUAAUGAAAGUGUUGAAAUUUGUGUGAUUACCCAUUUCUUUAGGGAAUAAACAUAGUUUUGGAGGA